CGAAGUUCCGCGCUGGCUACUUUCCCCUUCGCGCCAAUGGCAAUCUUUAGCCUAUGGGUCAUUAACAAAGCCGGUGGAUUGGUCUACCAGCGCAAUUUCGCAGAUGGCCUCGCUCAGCUCACAUCAAACGAGUACUUAGUCCUCGCUGGUACUCUGCACGGAAUUCACGCUAUUACAAGUCGCUUAUCCCCUACUGGCUCAAGCUCAGGUGCACAGGUUAUUGAAGGGGAGACAUUUAAGAUGACCAUCUUGUUGACCGCGACAGGAACCAAAUUCGUUCUUCUCACAUCCUUGGCAGAGGCAACAGCGGAUUUGGUUCUUCAAAGAGUGUACGAGGCCUAUGCAGACGCUGUCAUGAAGAACCCAUUCCACACUCCGGAGAUGCCAGUUCGUAGCGAGGGGUUUGACACACGAAUUACAAGCCUCAUUGGCACGGGACAACCAUAAUAUCAUAAAACUUCGUAUCAAACUAUUGUCUUUGAUAUCGUCUUUGUAAUAUUGUCGACUCGAACCACUGAAAAAAUUCAGACUUUACUGCCCUUCAAAGCUUCAUUGACGCAUCACUGAGAUAUUGUCCUCGACCAUUCAAUUGCAAGAUUCGAUAAUGUUACACUUACAGCACUAGAGCUAGU